GUAAAAUAUUCAGACAGUUUGUAGUAUUUAAUAAGUGUUGUCAUUUUGGAGACUAAAAUUGUGUAAAUUGGAGUCUGCCAAUGCACAAUUCACAAAUAUCUUAUGUUCCUACCAUGACCUACAAAUAAGUUUAGAACAUAUUCGAUUAAAUUUAGUAUAUCAAACAAGAACUCAUAUUAUCAAGAUGGCCGGUAAAGGGUAAAAACAAAAGUUCAAGAAACAUAAUUAUUCAUAUUUUAUUUGUUUUUACAUAACAGAGAGGGAAUGGACCUUUCACAGUAAUUAAAAGGAAAUGGAACAAUUAUUUGCUGGGCCAUUUAGGCCUAAACAGUUAACACUUUUGCUGCCUUCAAGAAAAAUCUUGCGUCAUACUUGUCAGAGGUCUUACGUAAAUUUGAAAACAUCGCAGGCAAAGACGUUUCAAUCGGUUAAUCAGAAAUGCACCUUUAUGCAAGUAAAACAACUGAAAAAGGAAUAUAAGGCUGUACGUAAACUUUUAUUAAGGUCAAGUACCAUUGACUGCCUCCCGUCAAGGUCAUCUUUAGGAAACUAUCGCUUUUACAGUACUGAAAAAGAUGAGGCGAAAAAAAAUGAGAAUAAAAAUGAGGAUAAGAAUAAAAAUGAGGAUGAGAAAAAAAAAGAUGAUGGAAAGAAAACAGACGAGGAUAAAAAACAUGUCAAUACAACAGAAUUGCUAAGGAUAACCAAUUCUUUAGAUUUUUGGAUUGCUUUUCUUAUAUCAAUCGUGAUGUCUUGGUUUUUGUCAGGACCAAAGCCUGAAGGCAAAACAGUGAAAUAUGAAGAGUUUGUGAAAGACUAUCUUAUGAAAGGCAGGGUUAGUCACGUUACUAUUUAUGCAGGACGUGACGGACGUGCCGUAGAAAGACCCCAAGCAACUCUUUAUCCUGUAAAAUACAAGAACAUGGCUGACGAAAAGUUGAAUAUUGAGUUGGCAAGUCAUGGUUUUGAGAAAAAACUGCGCCAGCUUGAAAGCGAUUUAAAUGUACAGAAGACAGAGAGCAUUCCUGUUAACUACUCUGAUAAAGUUUUACUCACAGAAAGGGAGCAUCAGUUGCUUAGGAUUAUUGCAGCUUUUUAUGUAUUUUCUACAGUAUGGAUAUUUAUGAGACUCCGGAAGUUUGUGACUCGAAGUAAAGAUAAAGUACCUAAAGAUAGUACUGUAGAAAAAUUAUGGGAUGGCAGUAUAAUGUCUGAGUCAUUUUCGUUAACACGUGGAGAUAAACUGAUGAAAGAGAAAAUGACCUUCAAAGAUGUGGCAGGACUUCAUGAAGCUAAGACGGAGGUGUUCGAAUUUGUGAAAUAUUUAAAGAAUCGAGAUUUAGUUCAAAAGCUUGGAGCAAGACCACCUACUGGAGCACUUUUGUUAGGACCUCCUGGAUGUGGUAAAACAUUGCUGGCUAAAGCUUUAGCCUCAGAAUGUGACGUACCAUUUUACUACAUGGCUGCCACAGAGUUCAUGGAUAUGUUUGUUGGUGCUGGAGCAAGCAAAGUACGAAAAUUGUUUCAAAACGCUCGCGAAAAUGCUCCUUGUAUUAUUUACAUUGAUGAAAUAGAUGCAAUUGGUAGGGUCAGGGGGCAGUCAAAUCAGUCAGACGAACAAUUGUUAAACCAGUUACUGACAGAGUUAGAUGGUAUGAAUGAGAGAAAAGAUGUAAUUAUCCUAGCAUCAACAAAUAGAGCUGAUGUGCUUGACAAGGCAUUAUUACGCCCCGGAAGAUUUGAUAGACAUAUAAUGAUAGACCUUCCCACGCUGUUGGAAAGAACAGAAUUGUUUGAGCUUUAUUUAAACAAACUAAAAUUAAAGAGCCCAGUGUCAACAUAUGCCAAUAAACUUGCCAAACUAACACCUGGUAUGAGUGGAGCUGAUAUUUCUAAUAUAUGUAAUGAGGCAGCUAUACAUGCUGCAAGAGUUGGUAAUACUGAAGUCUCAGCUUCUGAUUUCGAAUUUGCAAUAGAAAGAAUUAUUGCUGGUGAGUUAUAAACAGGUGGUCUGACA